AUGAGCCAAAGUUUUGAUAGUUUAAUGCACGGCAGAGGAGGUGGAGGAGAGAGAGAUAGUGUCUUUGAUGGCUAUUCAGGCUAUCCGGACCGUCAGUCCUCCGAGGAUGUGCCGGAGUCUACAACAACAACCACAGCAACGAAUACAACAACAACAACAGCCGGCGAAGAAGGCAACGCUGGAUCAGAUGCCGUUGCGGGGCGGGAUGAUGAUUUCAUCGAGGACAACAAUUUUGAAUCGAAUUUGCGACGUCGCAAAGGCAAAAUAAUAUCCUGUGCCAAGGAGACCAUUGAGAACGCUUCCCGCCAACUACGCCGCAAAGUGCCCUACGCUGGACAUUUGAUGACGCCGCGUCGCCUUUGGCUGAACAAAAUACCCACACAAUGCGACGUGGUUAUCGAAUUUCCCGAGGAUGCACCGGAUGAGGCACUGCGCUGGCUACUCGCCCGCAUCCGCUCCCAGCCGCCAGCUGGACUGGGGCUCCUAGUCCAGGUAAAGGCACACGAGAGCUCCAGACGAAAUGCCUUUUAUGUGAGCGCACCUGUUAAUAUCCUUUUCAGGGCGGCGGAGGAGGCACGUCUGCCGAAACGUUUACGUCCGGACUUGGGAGGCGCAUUGCGUGAAUUUACAACCCGCGAGAGUCACUGCUUUCAACAGCUGAGGGGAGAUGUGGGAAGCACGGCAUUGUUCACAUCGCAGGAGCGUCAGUGGCUUGUGUUGCAGGUGCUGCAAGGACUGCGCGCCGGUUGCAGUGAUAUCGAUGCGUUGCAAGGUCGCGCUUCAGUGGCUGAAGGUCAAAGCAUUGUUGCCGCUUGGCAGGAGUCGGGACUGAUCACACAGGUCUUUCCACUGCACGAGUCCUGCUCCCUGACACAGCUCCAGACACAUUGGGUGAAGCAGAUCUUUGCCCCGCAACCCUUGGAUGACAUUGCCGCUUAUUUUGGUGUGAAGGUGGCACUUUACUUUGCCUGGUUGGGACACUACACAUGUGCUCUGGGUGUGCCCGCUGUUUUUGGCACCAUACUCUACUGCAUACUGUGGGGCAAAGGUCAAACUGCACAGGAUAUGGGCCAUGUGCUCUUCUCACUCUUCAAUGUAGCCUGGGCAUCGUUGUAUCUGGAGGCCUGGAAACGAUACUCCGUGGAGUUGGCCUUUCGAUGGGGCACGUUGUCAACGCCCCCCGAGCUACUCGAACCGCCUCGGCCGCUCUACAAGGGUCCCUUGGAGGAGAACAAUGUGACGGGUCGACUGGAGCCGAAGGAGGCGCCUGCCUGGCAACGUCGCGCCUUUCGCUAUUUGGUCAGCUUUCCUGUGAUUGGACUCUGCCUUUGCCUGGUCUUUGCCGUAAUGUUUCUCAUGCUGCGUUUCCAGGAUUGGUGGGCCAAGCUGCCGGAGGAGAGUGUCCUGUGCUGUCUCAGUGUGAUACUGAAGGUUUUGCUGGCUGGUGCCAUUACCCUGAUGGAUGAGGCCUACUUUAAGCUGGCCGUGUGGCUCAACGAUCGCGAGAAUUAUCGCCUUCAAUCGAAGUACGAGAAUCAUUUGAUAGCCAAGGUGGCGCUCUUUCAAUUUGUCAAUUCAUUUCUGUCCCUAUUCUACAUCGCAUUUUAUCUGCGCGAUGAGGAAAAGCUGAAGGAGGUUGCUGGUCUGCUUAUCUCUCGCCAAAUUAUUGGCAAUUUACGAGAAUCGGCCAUUCCUUAUUCUGAGCAAUGGAAGUUGGCUAAGCUGAGUUUAUAUGUGGGUGCCUUAAGUCCCACACAGAACGUUAAUCGCAGUCUUGCCGAGGAACUUGCAACCGCCGAAGAGAAACUAAAGGCGAGGCAGCUGCCGCCGGUAAAACAGGAGCAGCAACAGCAGGCUUCAAGUAAACGCAAUAGACAGGCUGAGAUUGAGAGCUCUUUGUACAAAUACGACGGUACUUUCUCGGAUCUUGAGAUGCUUGUUCAGAUGGGUUAUGUCGUACUCUUUUCGGCUGCCUUCUUGGCUGGUAUCUGUGCUUUGAUAAACAACCUGAUGGAAAUACGCUCGGAUGCCUUCAAGUUGGCUCAUGUGCAUCAGCGUCCGUUUGGACAGCGUGUGGCUAACAUUGGCACCUGGCAGAAUGCACUCAGCAUUUUGUCUCUAGCCGCGGUUAUUGUUAACUGUGCACUGAUUGGUUUGUCCGGCCAGGUGUCCCGGCUGUGGCCUGGCCUGACCACCGCACAGACCAUAAUAUUGAUUGUCACACUAGAGCACAUCAUGCUGGGACUGCGUCAGGCUCUUACCUGGCUGUUGCCGGAGCUGCCCUCCUGGUUGGCAGCGGAGAUUGCACGUGCCGAGCAUUGUCGUCGUGAGAUGCAGUAAGGCACCUCACCACGACCCACACCACCGACGCCGCCGUCAACCACAUCCACACAACCGGAGCAGGAUUGCACGGGCGGCAACACAACGCACGAUCAAUCCAUGGAGAGUCAGCUGGCAGAGGAUAUGCUGCUCUAUGGACCUGAAAUGGCCGCUGCACGCUUUGGCCGCAGCAUUGAGGCGGAUGUCAACAUUUACGAGAAUCGCGUCUCGCCGGACUCACCUCCAUCGCAGACUAGCACAAUACUCAUAAGACCCUUGCACGAAUCCACGCCGCCGCGAGGCGCCUCACUCAGCAGUUUGCACCAAGAUGGCAACGGCGGGUAAGCAACUGAUGAGAUUGUAGAAAAGUCGCAAAUCUUCAUACCGGAUAUACCACCAUUUCUUGGAUAUUCGGUACGCAAUUUGAGCGCUCUGCCGAUACAGAGUCAAAGAGUAAAACAACAACAGCUGCUCAUCGGCGCUUCAGCCAGCACGCUAGCUCUGAACUCUGCUGCUGCCAGCUUUGCUCCGCGCCUGCAAUCGAUGCAGAUUCAAGAGAUUCCUCCAUUCCGUAAGAAAUCUAGUGAUUCGGCUGAUCACACUGGCAGCAGUACCAGCAGCAGUCCACAGCGUGCCUCGAUGCGGCAGCUGCAACUACAACAACUACAGCAACCACAACUACAACAACAACAGACGUCGAAGAUAUCGGAGAUUCCGCCGUACAGCAAGACGCGUAAAAUCUCCGCCGAGAGCGCAUCUCACUUUCCAAUGAGCGAUAAACUACACAUAAAACUUCACGCACCUGAAUGGAUGUCCCGUUUAAAAGUCAACGACAAUCCGAACCUGCAUAGAAGCAUAGAUUGCAUUGCCAAGGAACUCACAAGCAAUGUCGACAACACGGAUAUCCUAAAACCUGCGCCAUCCUGGAGCAAUGUGGCAUUGAAGACCGGCGCAUCUGGCAGCAUGCUAGCCACGCCUCCCGCCUCCCAGCAACAGCAGCAAUUGUGGCAUCAUCGUCUUCAUCUUCGUGGCGGCGGCAGCGUGUUUAGUCCCAGUGGCAUCGGGCCUGGCGCCUCCAGCAUCAUCAGUAAUUCUCAGUCACGACCCAGUGGCGCUCUAUCAAAUUCCUCAUCGAGCUCAUCACAGAAGCAGCAGCAAAAGCAGGCGAAAGAAGAGCGAGAGAAGGAAAAGGAAGAGAAGGAAAAAGAGAAGGAAAAAGAGAAGGAAAAAGAGAAGGAAAAGGAGAAGGAAAAGGAGAAGGAAAAAGAGAGGGAAAAGGAACUGGAACAGGCAGCUGCUUCCACUGCAUCCACAUCUGCGGGGAAUACUGAUGAUGAGGCUAAAGCAUGGAAUUACGCCAAGAAAUCGCGACUAAAGCAAAAACUGGUCAAGAGUGCGCGCUCUGUGGCGAUUUUUUCCCUCAAGCUGAAGGAGCGUCGACAGCGUGAGGCGGAAAAGGCAGCAACGAUUGCGGUGGAGCAUGCCAAGGUAUCAAUACUGUUGCCAGUGCCUCAGGCUGUGGGCGGCGAACUGUCAUUAAUUCCCAUCGAGCAACUAAUACAAAUUGAGGAUAUCAAACCUGCGAUCACCUCAACGACAACAACGAGUUCAUCCUCCACACAAGCAGGUUCUUCUAUGCAUUAUCAUCAACAUCAUCAUCAACAGCAGCAGCAGCAGCAGCCGCAGCAGCCGCAGCAGCAUCAGCAUCAUCCUUAUCCACACACAGACAACUAAGCUUAACUUUAAUCAAACUAAGUCCAA